UCUUUGCUUCCCGUGAUGCCGUGCGGACUUCCGGUGUCGGUCGUUUUCUCCGGUCGGUUGUUUGUUCGAGUGCGUGUAUCAUCGCCGGUUGAAAGCAUUUUUAAAAAAUGGCGAGUGAUGGACCGCCAGGAACCGAAUCAAACUCUACUGAUUUGGUGGGGCUGAUUUCAGAUUUGAACACGUGGAGUAACCCAGAGCUUCAGGCGAAACUUGCCGAAAUUGGAGCACCAAGCUUGGGCCCUAGAGAAGAACUCAUUGACAGGCUGAAAGCCUAUGUGAUACAGACUGGGAUGAUGCCCACCAAACCAGACUUGCAGACUACUGAUGAUCAGCCCCCCCAGAUGCCAGGGCUGGCACCCGUGGCCAGUAUGCCAUUACCACCUGGAAUGGGCAUGCUGCAGGCCAUGGGUAUGAUUGGGGCACCGGCUCCCCCUGGGAUGCCCGUGUCCAUGGAGCCGCCGGGCCUGUCCCAAGAAGACCAGCUGAAAAUGGUGCAGCAGAGGGCUGCCAUGAUGCUGCAGCAAGAGGAGCGAGUUAAGCAGCAGGGAGAGUCACGUACCAUGGAGGAACAGAUGAAGGAGCAGGAGUUGCUGCAGCAACAGAAGAGGGCAGCGGAGCUCCUGGAACAUGAGCGACAGCAGGAACUGGCUAAGAUGCAGCAGGCUGGACCAAGUCCUCGGGCCCCCAGCUUGCCCCUGCCCCCCCUGCCCCAUCUCAACCCCAUGAGAGGUCAGCCCAUGGCACCUGGUGUUUCUUCUAGUGGCCCACCCCCUCCAGGGGUGUCUCUGGUGCCCCCUCCAAGCCAGAGGCAGAGAGUACCCCCACCACCAGGAGAGGAUAUUCGUGAGGUGUGGCAGGGUGAGGAGGUGGGUAUGGGGCCCAAGAUCCCACAGGCCCUGGAGAAAAUCCUGCAGCUGAAGGAGAUGCGACAGGAGCAGCUCAGCACUGUACCUGCAGAUGAUGAGGAUGGCAUUGAGUUGGAAACAAAGGUGGUCUCCACAUUGUCUGAGGUGGAGGAUGAUGAGGUCGGGAUCUCCAAGAAAGAUAAAAACCGCAAGCGCAGAAACCGAAAGAAGAAGAACAAGAAGAAGAAAGACCAGGACAAACAGGUGGAGGAAGAGGUGACAGGAAAUAAAGAGAAGGAUCCUGAGGUCGAGAUCGAGUACAUCACCGAGGAGCCGGAGAUCUACGAUCCCAACUUUAUUUUCUUCAAAAGGAUCUUUGAGGCCUUCAAGCUCACGGACGAUGUGAAGAAGGAGAAAGAGAAGGAGCCGGAGAAGCCAGAGAAGUUGGAAUCGAUGACGAUCAAGAAGAAGGGCUUUGAGGAAGAGAAGAAAGACAGUGAUGACAGCGAUGAGGAAGCGAGGCCAGACGUGCCCAAGAUGUCGAAGAAGAAGCUGAGGAGGAUGAACAGGUUAACUGUGGCUGAGCUCAAACAGCUGGUGGCCCGGCCAGACGUGGUGGAGAUGCACGAUGUGACUGCGCAGGAGCCCAAGCUGCUGGUGCACCUGAAAGCCACCCGCAACACAGUGCCGGUGCCUCGUCACUGGUGCUUCAAGAGGAAGUACCUGCAGGGGAAGAGGGGCAUUGAGAAGCCCCCCUUUGAGCUGCCCGAGUUCAUCAAGAGGACUGGCAUUCAAGAAAUGAGGGAGGCCCUGCAGGAGAAGGAGGAUGCAAAAACCAUGAAGACCAAAAUGAGAGAGAAGGUGCGCCCCAAAAUGGGCAAGAUUGACAUCGACUACCAGAAGCUCCAUGAUGCCUUCUUCAAAUGGCAGAUCAAACCUAAACUCACCAUCCAUGGGGACCUUUACUAUGAGGGUAAGGAGUUUGAGACCAGGCUGAAGGAGAAGAAACCCGGCGACCUGUCGGACGAGCUGCGCAUCGCUCUUGGCAUGCCCGUGGGCCCGAAUUCCCACAAAGUACCCCCACCGUGGCUGAUCGCAAUGCAGCGUUACGGGCCGCCUCCCUCCUACCCCAACUUGAAGAUCCCGGGCUUGAACUCUCCCAUUCCAGAGGGCUGCUCCUUUGGUUACCACGCUGGAGGCUGGGGGAAGCCCCCCGUGGAUGAGACUGGCCGGCCCCUCUAUGGUGAUGUCUUUGGCACCAAUGCUGGUGACUUCCAGGCCAAAGCGGAGGAAGAGGAAGUCGAUCACACUCCUUGGGGAGAGCUUGAACCUUCUGAUGAGGAGUCUUCUGAGGAAGAGGAGGAGGAAGAAAGCGACGAGGACAAACCAGAUGAAACAGGCUUUUUCACGCCUGCCGACAGCGGCCUGAUCACUCCGGGUGGAUUCUCAUCUGUUCCGGCUGGCAUGGAGACCCCAGAGCUUAUUGAGUUGAGAAAGAAAAAGAUUGAAGAGGCCAUGGAUGGAAAUGAGACGCCACAGUUGUUCACGGUCCUUCCGGAGAGGAGGACAGGCCCCGUGGGAGCAGCCAUGAUGGCCUCCACACACAUCUAUGAUGUGUCGGGGGCUAUGGCAGGCCGCAAGGCAGGUGGGGGGCAGGAAUCCCAGGGUGUAGAGGUGGCCUUGGCUCCAGAGGAGCUGGAGCUGGACCCUAUGGCCAUGACGCAGAAGUACGAAGAACAUGUGCGUGAGCAGCAGGCCCAAGUGGAGAAGGAGGACUUCAGUGACAUGGUGGCAGAGCAUGCUGCCAAGCAGAAGCAAAAGAAGCGGAAAGCCCAGCCCCAAGACAACCGCAGUGGAGCCAAGAAGUACAAGGAGUUCAAAUUUUAGUCUGCUGCUCGCUCUCUCCCCUUUUUUUUUUCUUUGUAUUUGAGCAGUAUAAUUCAGUAGAAGCAAUUCAAGUCAAUCUUUAGUUUUUCACAGCAUCUACAAGUGAAAAAUGUUUCAACGUUUUGUAAAUAAAAUGGUGUUAACCAGU